AUGACCGCACUUGCAAAACUCAUUAAAGUCCCAAAAUCCGCACCUGCGACCUACUCACGCAUUUGCGGUCAUGCAGCUUACAAAUUUGUAAUCACUGAGGAGUGCCUAGAAAAACCUGAAAAUGCUGUUGAUGAUCAGGUUAAGUCCUACGACAAAUGGGUUAAGGCUGAUGAGAUGACGCGAUGUUACAUGCUUUCCUCUAUGGCGAAUAUUUUGCAACAUCAGCAUCAGUCUAUGGGGUCUGCUUAUAAUAUGCUCGAAAGUCUCAAAGAGAUGUUCGGUGAGCAAAAUCAUGCCGCUAAGCAGACAUCCAUGAAAGCCCUUUUGAACACCAAGAUGGAUGAAGGAUCAUCGAUUAAGGACCAUGUUCUGAAGAUGAUAAGUCUUCUAAAUGAACUGGAGGUCCUUGGAGCUAUGAUUGAUAAGGAUUCUCAAGUUGAGAUGGUCCUGCAGACUCUGCCUGACAGUUUUUAA